AUGUUAGGUUUAAGCCCAUUGAAGUUCUCCCCAGUGAUAGUUCGAUGUAUUUCAACAAAACCAAGCUUAAUUGCUCCUAGUGUGGUCGAAACUAUUAAACUAGAUCCUCCAAUCAUCAAACAUUCUCCAGAACAAGCUCAAAGUAGAAGAUGGUCACCUCUUCGUUGUGGUGUUAUUGCUCAAAAGAAGGGUAUGAUGCCAUACUUUGAUGAAAAUACAGGUGAAAGAACUGCAGCCACUGUUUUACAAUUAAAUAACGUUGAAGUCUUGAUGCAUAGAACUUUAAAGGAUAACGGUUACUAUGCGUGCCAAGUCGGUUUUGGUGAUAAGGAUCCUUCCCAUGUCUCAAGACAAAUGUUAGGUCAUUUCGCCUCAAAGAUUGUUAAUCCAAAGGAAACCGUAGCUGAAUUUAGAGUCAAAAAUGAAUCUGGAUUAUUGCCAUUGGGUACUUUGUUGAAACCUUCUUUUUUCAAGCCUGGGCAAUUUGUUGAUUUGAAAUCUACUAGCAAAGGUAAGGGUUUCCAAGGUGUUAUGAAACGUUUCCAUUUCGCAGGUUUAAGAGCUUCACAUGGUACUUCUGUAAUGCACAGACAUGGUGGUUCUUUUGGUCAAAAUCAAGAUCCAGGUCGUAUCUUGCCUGGGAAGAAAAUGCCUGGUCGUAUGGGUGGUAAAAACGUUACUAUUCAAAACGUCCAGAUUUUGAAAGUUGACGAUGAAAAUAAUGUUAUCAUAGUAAAAGGUUCCGUUGCUGGUCCUAAGGGAUCCUAUAUUAAGUUACAGGAUUCAAUUAAAAAACCACCAAAGCUAGAUGCAUAA